AUGGGCUGCUGUACGUCUUCGAAAUCUUCCAGGCAAAAAUCACACAAAGCUGAAAAAAGCGAGAAAAAUGAGCUGCCAAUCAGCCCAAGCAAUUUUGUGCAGCUGAUUAAAGGCAAAGUUACGGAUCGAUACCAGCUAGGGAAAAUACUUGGAGAUGGAGGAUUUGGACAAGUUAAGCUGGGCAUGCAAAAAGAAACGCAGAUCGAGCGAGCAAUAAAGUUCAUACCCGUCGAAGCCACUGAUGACGCCAAAAUCAGCAAGAUGAUGGAAGAAGUGAACAUAUUGAAAAAGCUAGAUCAUCCAAAUAUUAUCAAAGUUUUUGAGGUGUACCAAGACACUCGAUAUUUGUGCAUUGUCACUGAGCUAUGCACUGGAGGAGAAUUAUUUGAUAGAAUAAAAGAAGCUAACCCUAAGGUAAAUCUUCUGGGUCUACUGGCUCUACAGUUCUACCUGGUAGUCCGGCUUUACCUGGCUCUACUGGUUCGACCUGGCAGGCGGGUCUAUCUGGCUCUACUGUCUUUACCUCAAGUUAUAUAGGGAUUUUAAAGCAUACUAAUAGUGUUUAAUAAUUUGAACUAUCUAAAAUUAAUAAAAAAAUGAAUAUCUUCAAUUAAAAUACUUUAUUUACUUGGCUUGCACAUUGCUUUUAAAAUUACUCCAUAGUUUUAUAAUAGAUGAUCUUAUUAGUUUAUUAAACAGUAAGAUAUAUAAUGACAAACAAUAAAAUUAAAGGGAAUUUUAGUUAUUAAUUUAUGCCUUCUUUUAAACUUAGAAAAAAAUAAGACGUAUAAAAACUAAAUUAUAUAUAAAUUAUACGGAUUAUUUGAUAUAUUACUAAGUUUGCCAUUAAUAAAUAAAUUUAAAAUUCUUAUUUAAAAUUAUAUUAGGAAUUAAUUUAAAAAUAAUCCAGUUAGCAUAGGAGGUAUAUAUUCUUUUUCGAUUCAUAUUUUAUUAAGAAUUUAUUUUUUAGUUAAUUCAGUUGAAAUUUCAAUAUUAUUUUCUAAUUAUGAAAUUAAAAAUUAUUUCAAUUCCUCAUCUCUUACUUCCCUUCAAAUUCUGCCUUUCUAUUUUAGUUAUAUUAGUAAUAUUGCAAUAUUUAAACUAAUGAUUAGCAUGCUAACAUAUUAAACCAUUUUAUAAUAUAGAAAUAUCUAUCAAUAUAGAUUACUUCUCUGAAAAUGUUAAAAUUGAUGAUAUUUUAAAGAAGCAGAACGGUGCUUAGAAAAUAAGGGAUUAAUUAAUCCUUUUAAUUAACAAAUCAAAAUUAUUUAGAGAGCUUAUGAGUAUGUAUAUUGUUUAAAAUAUUGUAUCCAUUGCUAGAUUUUAAAGAAUUAAUCAAAUUUUGGUUCAAAAUUCAAAAUAAACCUCUUCUUUUAUAUGACUAUAAUUUCCUUCUAAACCUUUAUAUCUUUUUUUUCUAAUAAUUUAAAAAAUAUUUACAAAGUGCAUCAUUUUAAAUAUUUUAAAAUGCCAUUUGAUGAUAAAAUAACUUCAUUUUAUGAUUGAUUGCAAUAUAUAGAUUUUUGAUGGAAUCAUAUCAAUUUAUUAUUAUUUUUGUUUACUAUAUAAUGAUAAAAUUAUGAUUUAUUUUGAUGAUUAAAUGCUUUUCACAAUUUAUCAGUAGUUUAUUACUCUAUAAAUCGCUGAAUUACGUUGUAGACUUUACAAAAUCAUAUAAAUUGAGAGUAAGUCUUUUUUAGAGUAUUAUUCUCUCCAAAUAUUUUUAUCAAAAGUCAUUACAUUUUUAUCUAAUAUAUCAUUGUGGAAUUAAUUAAAUUGUUACUUCAAAAACAUAGGAAAUUAGUUUUGAUAGAAUCGAGUACCAGGUAGAGCCAACAGAGCAAGUAAAGCCAGAUAGAGCAGGAGAGCCAGUCCAACUGGACUGCUAAGUAGAGCAAGACUGCUAGAUUGCCCAGGUAGAGCUGGAUUCUCAGACUAUCGGUAAAGUCAGACUGCCUAGGUAGAGCCAGCUGCUAUUAGAGACAGUUAGAAACAUUCAGGUUUGACCGAACCCUUUUACCGAAAACCAAGCAGCGCGUUAUAUGCUUGAUAUGGUAAGUGCUGUUAAAUAUUGCCAUGAGGCUGGGAUUGUGCAUAGAGAUUUGAAACCUGAAAAUUUGCUAUUAGAAAAUAAAAAGCCAGAUGCAAGGUUAAAAUUGAUUGACUUCGGGACUUCGAAACAUUUUGAGCCGAAAGAGAAAAUGAAGCAUUUUAUUGGGACUUCUUAUUAUGUAGCGCCUGAAGUGAUUAGUGGGAGUUAUGACAGUAAAUGCGAUGUUUGGAGCUUAGGAGUGAUCUUAUAUAUUAUGCUCUCAGGGUAUCCUCCUUUUAACGGUCGCUCUGAUGAAGAAAUUUAUAAAAAGAUCCAAAAAGCCCCGCUAUCAUUUAGAUCCACAAAUGGAAAUUGAAAUAAUGUAGCAAAGGAAACAAAAGAUUUCAUUAAGCUUCUCCUUACUAAAGAUCCUGCUAACUCCUUCCUUCGCGAGCGAACAAAAAAUUUGAAAAAUCCCUAAAAGCCCACCCUCCAUGAGCGAAAAAUGUUUUAUGAAAAAUUUUUGAUAUAUAUUUGAUAAUUAUUAUAUUGAAAUCUCUAGCUCAAUUUUUGCGAAUAUUUUUACUAUAAAAUUCAUAUAUAAAUGUUUUAAAAAUGACCCCUCCGAGAGUGAACAUAUAUUUUUUAUUCGCUCACUGAGGGGGAGUAAGCGUCCAGAUAUUACUGAAGUGUAUAAUAACGAUUGACUCCAAAGCCGGGCUAAUAAUAGAGUCGAAGACAUUCCAGUCUCAAAAGAAUCGCUUGAACUGCUUUCAUCAUUUAACACUCAAAGCAAGCUUCAAAGAGCAACGAUGACUUUUAUUGCUUCACAGCUGGUUUCGAAUGAUGAAAUUGCUCAUCUUCGUGACACCUUUCAAAGUCUUGACGAAAAUGGGGAUGGCAAACUAAGCACGAGCGAGCUUAAAAAUGGGUUUUCGAAGCUUCCUGGCCAUAUAAAUAUUGAUGUUAAUGAAAUGAUGAAUCAGCUAGACGCAGAUGGGAAUGGAUUCAUAUAGUAAUUGCCCGAGGAUGGCGCUAUCUUGCGCCAUCCUCGGGCAAUUCAAAAAUGGCCCCACACUGGGAAUUGAACCCACAUGUGGGGCCAUUUUUGGUUAGUGGAGAACAUCGACUUCCACGCACCAAAAAUGGCCCCACACAUGAGUUCGAUUCCCGGUGUGGGGCCAUUUUUUAAAUUGCCCGAGGAUGGCGCAAGAUAGCGCCAUCCUCGGGCAAUUAGAAUAGAUUAUACUGAAUUUUUGACGGCCGCUAUUAAUUGAAGUAAAACACUGAAUAAAGAAAGGCUGCUUGCAGCCUUUAAACACUUUGAUAAGGAUGGGAGUGGGAAAAUUUCAUUAGAAGAGCUCAGAGAAGCACUUGGAGGGAAUGAAGAUAGCGACCAUGUAUUUUUAGCAAUGCUUGCAGAUGCAGAUUUAAGAUUAAGAUUACGUUGGGUAUUUAAAGUCCCCACUUCGUCCGAGGAAGCAUUCUACAGUUUCCCGUAUGGUGGCAGAGCGUUCACCAAGCCCGGGCCGAAACCCCCGGUUUCUCGGUAGAGGUGAAGGUCAAGGGACGUGUCAUACCGUCUUUGGUGACCGCCUCAAUUUCCAACUUGGAUCGUCGCCUAAGUUUACGCCAACACUGCCGCGUCGUCCGCCAGAUCUGCCCAUUGAAGGGCACCUUUUUAACUGGAGAGACUCCCGUUUAGUUGUCUAACUCGCCUUCCCUCUCUUUUCCGGUCAUCCCGAGAAAGAACUCAACAGCUUUCGCCAUUCAGGGCGAGCCACAAAAGCAGCUUAGGCAGGUAAGUCGCCCUGCCUCAUUUCGGGCACUCACUGGGAUGAGCGCUGCUGGCAAAAAGAAGUCACGAAUAACUGCCCAUGGGUCUGAUCACAAAAACAGCGGCCUUCGUGCUUAGACCUCUCGCUUUGAGGUCGCAAACAUUGCUGGGCCAACUCCUGGCUCCAAAAACCAUGCCGGAUAUACACGGGUAACCACCACUGAGAGGGUGGGUCGGUCGCCGUUCGCCAUUUUAUGCAUAUCUUGCAGAUGCAGAUAAAAACGGUGAUGGAGAGAUCGAUCUUGAAGAAUUCACUCAGGUGAUGAUCUCCAAAGUUGAAAAUAAGCCUCAUAAAAAUAGGAUCUAA